AUGUUUCUGCAUAUUGUAAAAGGGCCGACAUCCUUUGCACACCUAAGAACUGUACAAGGUGUUGUUUACAAUACUUAUCAAGCAGCAUGCAAAGCUAUGUUGCUCUUGGAAGACGAUUCUCACUGGGAAAACACAUUGUCAGAACCAGCUGUUUAUAGUUCAGCUACAUCAUUAAGAUAUUUAUUUGCCGUCAUAGUAGUGUUUUGUCAAGUAACGGAUUCUGUUAAUCUAUGGAAUAAAUUUCAAGAAAAUAUAGCCAGUGAUAUUCUGAUUCGGCGACGGCGAGAGUUAAACUCAGAUGAUGUACAAUAUGAUCAAAACAUAUUUGACGAAGCAUUAUUGGAAUUGAACAAAGUAGUGCAAUUACUUUAG